GAGCCGGGCAGCUGCUCUGGGGCCUCAUCCGGCCCGAAACUGAAGUCCGACCACUGCAGGGCGGUGCCGGGCAGAGCCCUCAGCACAUUGGCUCAGGCUUCCGGAAGGGGUGGGACUUGGGAGCUCUCCGUGAGCGGAAGUGGUGCGUUUUAUCAACGGGACUACGCGGAACAUGCCGAAAGCUGGUGCUAGUGCUCAGGCCGGGGCCGGAGCUCCCCGCCGCGCCAUGAAGGGCGGGGAUGUGACCGGCGGCCAGACGAAGGCAGACACAUCUGACAUGUCAUUUGAGGAGCUUCUGAGAUUACAGAGACACACCAGACCCAAGGCAUACAAACAAUUGGGAGCUGGAAAGAGCGCUAAAACUCGAAGCCCCACCCAACCGGCAUGUGUCGCCGAUAAGCACCGGCCUCUGGAAAUGUCAGCCAAAGCCCGGGUGCCAUUCUUACGUCAAGUGGUUCCCGUCAGUAAAAAGGUCGCCCGAGACCCCCGCUUUGACGAUCUGUCAGGAGAGUAUAACCCUGAAGUGUUUGACAAAACUUACCAGUUCCUGAAUGAUAUCCGAGCCAAAGAGAAACAGCUUGUGAAGAAGCAGCUGAAGAAGCACCGCUCAGGGGAGGAGCAUGAGAGACUGCAGCAGCUGCUUCAGCGGAUGGAGCAGCAAGAAAUGGCACAGCAGGAGCGCAAGCAGCAGCAGGAGCUGCGCUUGGCCCUGAAGCAGGAGCGGAGGGCUCUAGCCCAGCAGGGCCAUCGGCCAUACUUCCUGAAGAAAUCUGAGCAGCGCCAGCUGGCCCUCGCCGAGAAGUUCAAGGAGCUGAAACGCAGCAAGAAGCUGGAGAGCUUCCUGAGUCGGAAGAGGCGGCGAAAUGCAGGCAAGGACAGGAGGCACCUGCCUCUGAGCAAGGAGUAGCAAGGGACGUCUGUCCCAGGAGGCCUGGAUCUGUGGGACGAGUGUGCGGUUGGCCAGUCCUGGUUCUGUCCUCCAGAGUAAGAACUAGGACUGAUGGAGGCUGACUCAGAAGACGGUGUGCUCCUGGCCGGUGCUAGGGCUGCACAACAGCAAGACCUCAGCCGUCCAUGUCACACCACCUUUCUGGAAUCGGGUCUGUGGACAUCUGGUGUCAUGGUCUCAUGUUCUCAUCCCAGCCUUGCCUUAAGCCAGUGACGCAGAUGAAAAGGGCGUGUGGCUGUGGUCACGGGAACUUCCAGAGCAGGGCCUCCACCAAGAGCCACUCUGGAAACAUGCUUGUUUUGCCUUGUUUUA